AUGUCUUCUGGGGCCAGCGUGAACCCCCUGCAGUGCCUGGUGGAGCAGCUCGAGCUGGAGGCUGGCGUGGAGAGGAUCAAGGUCUCGCAGGCAGCUGCAGAGUUUCAACAGUACUGCCUGCAGAAUGCCUGCAAGGAUGCCUUGCUGGUAGGUGUUCCAGCUGGAAGCAACCCCUUCCGGGAGCCCAGAUCCUGUGCUUUAUUCUAAAGGCUAUAAGGAAGAAGUUCACUGAGGAAUGCUUUUAAGCACAAAGUGAUGAAUAACUAGCUGCCUCCAAGUCUUAAGAAAACACUUUUCUCCAGACAAAUGACUCUUAGAUAUUUCAGACCUUUCCUUGGCCUGGUCCUAU